AUGGACAAGUCAUUCCAGAGGUUCUCCCGUCCGAAAUACGACAUGCUAUCAUGUCGGGUUGAAAAAGUCUUGGAUGAAGGACAGCCAUGCGAGCAAGCAGGGUUUCGAAAAGGAUUCAGCACGAUUGACCACGUUCACACUGUUUCGAAACUCAUCAAAGUAUCACGAGAGUACAAGAUGCCGUCCUGUCUCACCUUCAUCGACUUGAAGAAGCCUUCGACUCAGUUGAGACGGAAGCAGAAUACAAUGCAAAAGUUGGAAUGGGACUACAUGGGAGUGAAGGUUGAUGGUCGGCAGCUACACUAUUUGCACUUUGCUGAUGACAUCGUACUGAUAACACCUAGCAUCAGCCAAGCGGAAAGAAUACUGACCGAAUUCGACGAAAUAUGUGGAUGCAUCAUGUGA